CUCCGCCAGGGCCGGCGCCGCUGGAGAUGACGGUCCUCCUCACCUUCCUCCUGGCCCUGGGCCUGCCGCGAGCGGAGACCAACGCCACCGGGACUGGGCGGCAAGGCGUGCUGCAGUGCCACUCGUGCGAGGAGUUCUACACGCUGAGCUGCGCUAAGGCCACCGAGUGCGAGCCCGGCAACAUGUUCUGCGUCACCGUUGUCGUGAGAAUGCUUGUCCGUUUCUUCUACGUGUCCAGGCAGUGCACGGAGUACUGUCCGGUCAUCAAGGCGAUCGACCUGCUGCCGUACAAGUCUUACGUCCUCCUCAAGCCGACGCCUUUCCUCUACGCCUCGUGCUGCCGGACGCCGCUGUGCAACACGGACAGCCCGACCAUCAACGAGACGGAGUGGCAGUACUACCGGGAGGCGGGGGGCGCCGGCGCGCUGCGCAGCGGCGGGGCCGGGCUGGUGCUGCUGCUGGCCCUCGCCGCGCCCCUGGGCCUCAGACCGUCCUGA